AUGGUCAACAACCGUCCCAUGGUCAACACCCGUCCCAUGGUCAGCACCCGUCCCAUGGUCAACACCCGUCCCAUGGUCAACACCCGUCCCAUGCUCAACACCCGUCCCGUGGUCAGCACCCGUCCCAUGGUCAACACCCGUCCCAUGCUCAACACCCGUCCCGUGGUCAGCACCCGUCCCAUGGUCAACACCCGUCCCAUGGUCAGCACCCGUCCCAUGGUCAACAACCGUCCCAUGGUCAACAACCGUCCCAUGCUCAACACCCGUCCCAUGCUCAACACCCGUCCCGUGGUCAGCACCCGUCCCAUGGUCAACACCCGUCCCAUGGUCAGCACCCGUCCCAUGGUCAACAACCGUCCCAUGGUCAACACCCGUCCCAUGGUCAGCACCCGUCCCAUGGUCAACACCCGUCCCAUGGUCAACACCCGUCCCAUGGUCAGCACCCGUCCCAUGGUCAACAACCGUCCCAUGGUCAACACCCGUCCCAUGGUCAGCACCCGUCCCAUGCUCAACACCCGUCCCGUGGUCAGCACCCGUCCCAUGGUCAACACCCGUCCCAUGGUCAGCACCCGUCCCAUGGUCAACAACCGUCCCAUGGUCAACACCCGUCCCAUGGUCAGCACCCGUCCCAUGGUCAACAACCGUCCCAUGCUCAACACCCGUCCCAUGGUCAGCACCCGUCCCAUGGUCAACAACCGUCCCAUGCUCAACACCCGUCCCGUGGUCAGCACCCGUCCCAUGGUCAACACCCGUCCCAUGGUCAGCACCCGUCCCAUGGUCAACAACCGUCCCAUGGUCAACAACCGUCCCAUGGUCAGCACCCGUCCCAUGCUCAACAACCGUCCCAUGGUCAACACCCGUCCCAUGGUCAACAACCGUCCCAUGGUCAGCACCCGUCCCAUGCUCAACACCCGUCCCAUGGUCAACACCCGUCCCAUGGUCAGCACCCGUCCCAUGCUCAACACCCGUCCCAUGGUCAACACCCGUCCCAUGCUCAACACCCAUCCCAUGCUCAACACCCGUCCCAUGGUCAACACCCGUCCCAUGGUCAACACCCGUCCCAUGGUCAACACCCGUCCCAUGGUCAACAACCGUCCCAUGGUCAGCACCCGUCCCAUGCUCAACAACCGUCCCAUGGUCAACAACCGUCCCAUGGUCAACAACCGUCCCAUGGUCAGCACCCGUCCCAUGCUCAACAACCGUCCCAUGGUCAACAACCGUCCCAUGGUCAACAACCGUCCCAUGGUCAGCACCCGUCCCAUGCUCAACACCCGUCCCAUGGUCAACACCCGUCCCAUGGUCAACACCCGUCCCAUGCUCAACACCCGUCCCAUGGUCAACACCCGUCCCAUGCUCAACACCCGUCCCAUGCUCAACACCCGUCCCAUGGUCAACACCCGUCCCAUGGUCAACACCCGUCCCAUGGUCAACACCCGUCCCAUGGUCAACACCCGUCCCAUGGUCAACACCCGUCCCAUGGUCAACAACCGUCCCAUGGUCAGCACCCGUCCCAUGCUCAACAAACCGUCCCAUGCUCAACACCCGUCCCAUGGUCAACACCCGUCCCAUGGUCAACACCCGUCCCAUGGUCAACACCCGUCCCAUGGUCAACACCCGUCCCAUGGUCAACAACCGUCCCAUGGUCAGCACCCGUCCCAUGCUCAACAACCGUCCCAUGCUCAACACCCGUCCCAUGGUCAACACCCGUCCCAUGGUCAGCACCCGUCCCAUGGUCAACACCCGUCCCAUAUAUAUGGUGAUCGAAACUGUCGCCACUAUUAUAUAGACUCCUUUAUUUAG